GCUGGAACUCCCACCGUGAUCCCCAACGCCGAAGGAGCUCGAACUACACCCAGCGUAGCUGUGGUGAACCCUGAGAACACCUUUUACUCAGUGAAGCGCUUUGUUGGCCGCCAGCCCGAUGAAGUCAAGGAGGAACUGAAGGAGGUGUCCUACAAGGUGGAUUUCGAAGGGCAAAAAGUGAAGAUCGACUGCCCUGUGAUGAGCAAAAAAUUUGCACCAGAGGAGGUCUCUGCACAGGUGCUUCGAAAGCUGAGUGCUGAUGCUGGAAAGUACUUGAGCGCCAAUGUCCAGAAGGCGGUUGUCACCGUCCCUGCGUACUUCAACGACUCACAGCGUCAGGCCACGAAAGAUGCGGGGAAGAUUGCCGGAUUGGACGUGCUGCGUAUUGUGAACGAGCCCACA